CCUAUGCUGGGUGUUCCCCGUUUCUUAUGCGUGACAGUGCUUUUGGACUUAGUUGAUCAAGGAUUUUCAUCUUGUCAAACGUCCCCAAACUUGUUGAGACUUAAUGUCACCUCAGUUGAAUUCUCUGUGCAUGAUGUGCUUUUGGGCUGCGUGGGUGUGGUUUAAACGACAGCUCGGCUGGAAACUGCAGAACUCCAACGUGCUAACCUCUUUCAUAACAGUGUUGAGCUGGAAUGUUUACUAAUGUCGGGUAAAUUUAACUUUUAAACUUAGUAAAUAAUGACUCUGCAGAAAUUGUGAUGACCUGUAUUUCUUCAUGUACAUCGGUAACUUCACCAAUCAGUUUUUAGCUGAUUUGCUAGAAUUUUUCUUUAAACAUAUGACAGCAGAAAGCUUUUAAGAAUAGCGUCAAGGGCUUUAUUGAAUCAGUAUGAGUUCUGACAGGUGAACAGCCUGAGUUGGUCUCUGCAGAUAGACCCUAUGAAACAUUAAGGUCCGGUUGAUUCAGCUACCAGAGCAACAUGAUCCACUACCUGGGACUGAGCCAUCACCUGCUGGCGCUAAACUUUAUCAUCGUUUCUUUUGGCAAAAAAAGCGCAUGGUCUUCUGCCCAAGUGAAGGUGACGGACACGGACUUCGAUGGUGUAGAAGUCAGAGUGUUUGAAGGUCCUCCGAAGCCUGAAGAGCCGCUGAAACGCAGCGUUGUUUAUAUUCACGGAGGAGGCUGGGCAUUGGCAAGUGCGAAAAUCAGGUAUUAUGAUGAGCUGUGUACAGCAAUGGCUGAGGAACUGAGUGCUGUCAUUGUCUCCAUUGAAUACCGGCUAGUUCCAAAGGUUUAUUUUCCUGAGCAAAUUAAUGACGUUGUACGAGCCACAAAGUACUUCCUGGAGCCAAAAGUCUUAGAGAAGUAUAUGGUUGAUCCAGGCAGAAUUGGCAUUUCUGGUGACAGUGCUGGUGGAAAUCUGGCUGCUGCCGUUGGUCAACAGUUUACUCAAGACGCCAGCCUAAAAAAUAAGCUCAAACUGCAAGCUUUAAUCUAUCCAGUUCUUCAAGCUUUAGAUUUUAACACACCAUCUUAUCAGCAAAAUAUGAACACCCCAAUCCUGCCCCGCUAUGUCAUGGUGAAAUAUUGGGUGGACUACUUCAAAGGCAACUACGACUUUGUGCAGGCAAUGAUCGUUAACAAUCACACUUCGCUUGAUGUGGAAGAGGCUGCUGCCCUCAGGGCCCGUCUGAACUGGACAUCCCUCUUGCCUGCAUCCAUCAUAAAGAAUUACAAGCCUGUCGUGCAGACCACAGGCAAUGCCGGGAUUGUCCGGGAGCUUCCUCAGUUGCUGGAUGCCCGCUCCGCCCCGCUCAUUGCCGACCAGGCGGUGCUACAGGACCUCCCAAAGACCUACAUUCUGACGUGUGAGCAUGACGUCCUCAGAGACGAUGGGAUCAUGUAUGCCAAGCGUUUGGAGAGUGCUGGUGUGGAGGUGACCCUGGAUUACUUUGAGGAUGGCUUUCAUGGAUGUAUGAUUUUCACCAGCUGGCCCACCAACUUCUCAGUGGGAAUCCGGACUAGGAAUAGUUAUAUCAACUGGCUGGAUCAAAACCUAUAAAUGAGCAAAACUUCCAGAAGGCUCGAGCCUCUCUUGACCUCCUUCACCUGCUUUGGAAAGACAUGCACUUUUUAGUUGACUAAUUCUUUCUCCCAUCCCCUUUUAUUUGUGAAUUAUGGAAUCUCAAUUCCAUAACUGAAGACUUUGUGAUAACCUAAUUUUAAAAAAUGAAUUUAACUAACUGAAGUGCAAAAACAUCUGAAUCUGGUUCCCAGAGUGGGCCAGUCUCUCUGUUCUUGUUAUUUUAGCCAACUAUACUCAUACGAAGAGCUACAGAAAGCAGGACUAGGAACUGGAAAUAGCUUUGGGUCCCGCCUUCAUCAGGAUUUUCUUUUCAGAAGCAGUUCUUCCAGCUGUGGAUGGUAGAGUGACCUUUUAAGAAGUUAAGAAAACGUGGACUCCUCAAUUCUGCUAGUUUACCUUGAGUUCAGAGCAGUGUUAAAUGUGUGCACUUUCAGGUCAGUACUGAGGACCAAGUACCCUCUGUUCUUUGUGAAUGGAUGGUUUUGUUUCCUAUGGGAAUUCUGGCAAAGGCUUUCUAGAAAGAACAAGUUUCUCAAAGGACUUUGUUCCUCUAGAAUGUUUAUUUUAUGAGAUAACUAUCUGUAAGUCCAGUUGGCUUACAGUGAUACUUGAAAGUUACUUUCCAUCACUGUUACUAGAAAAUACAGAGUUGCAUGCACUGGAUAUCUAUACAGCAUUAAGUUUUUGUUGUUUUUUGGUUGUGCUGUCCCCCUUCUCCUUGAGAUCAUCUUUGGGAGCAAAUUUAUAUAGAUUUAGAGUAAACUUUUCAUUAUAGAACAGGUAAAAACAGAUAAAUACAACAACCUGUUGUUUCAUGUAAAAAUACUUCUGACAUAAGGUACCAAGAGCAGUGUGUAUAUAUUUGGCACAGUCAAAAAAUGCAUUUAAUAUUAGUUUAAAAUUAUGAAAAAUACCUUUAAAAGGUCUAGUCUAUUCUUGAAAAUUCAAUUUUUUCACUUAUAUGGCUUUAAAUGGAGCUAUUUUGGUACAACAUAAUGUACUGUUUAUUUUUUUAAGUUAUUUAAUAUUAGUAUACAUAGCUAGACUUAAGGUUUUUCAGAAAGCUGUCUGUCAUAAAUAUUAAAAACAAUGGUAUUUUUUAAAAAACCACCUUAGGGUUUUAAACCUUUCCCUAUAGUUAAAACUAUAUAUUUCUGUGGAAAUGAUAUAAUAGCUAUUAAUACUACUAUUCCAUAGGCACAAAUAUUUUCAUGUUUAUAUGCGUAUACAAGUUAAAAUAAUUAGAAACGAUGACUGCACCUAGCGAAGUCAUCCAAGUUUAUAGUUAAAUAGCUUAGGCAAGGCACACACUGCUCAGCUCUGCUUUUUAGGGUCAGAAGAACAGAAGCUCAUAUUUUGGGUGAAGGGCUUACACUGGCACCUGGUGCCUAGAUCCCUCAUUUCCUUCCAGCCAGGUUUGGAAGUUUCAACAGCCAAGCUUAACUCCAUGUAAAGUCUUCACUGCCAAUGGGAACAUCUUUGACACAAGACACUCCCAUGCUGAUUUGAGUUGAGCAUCUCUGCCUGCCUUCCUGCCAUCCUACCUUCUUCCCCAAUGCUACUCUUAGGGUCUGCAGAGAGCAGCAGUGGAGCCAAGUCAUGCUACAGUGCACCACGGAGAGAAAGUAGAACCAUUUCACUCCUGGGAAGCAUGGGUAUUUCCCACCUCCGGCUAUGAAACAGCAAAUGAAAAUUUGCAUACCUAUUGAUGUAUUGUAUGAGCCAGUAGCAGUUUAUGUACAAAACAGAAGUCAAUGCAACAGUAUGUUUGUGUGCCUGUGUGUGUAUAAAAAUAACCACUGAUGCUAACUUGCUAAUGCACUUAGGCAAGCCACUUAUCAUCUCUGGGCCUCUUCUUUCCUGCCUCUGAAAUCAAAGAGCUGAAUUAUGUGAUCCUUGAGAUCUCUUCCAUCGCUUGCUGCUAUAAAUACCAACUGUUUUGUCAGACUGGCAAAUUGUAUUCACCUCUUCUUAUGUGGUUUGUUGGUAGGUCAUAGUUCCUUAUACACAGACACAUACAUUAUCGAGGGUCUUUUUUUUUUUCCUAAAAAAUUGGGAUUUUAGUUCUUAUUCUAUAAUAAGUAUCCUCCUCAUAUACUACUAUUCUUUUUUUUUUGGGGGGGGGGAUGGAGUCUCACUCUGUCACCAGGCUGGAGUCAGUGGUACAAGCCUCACUGCACCCUUCACCUCCCAUAUUCAAGUGAUUCUCCUGCCUCAGCCUCCCAAGUAGCUGGGACCACAGGCACAUGCCAUCAUGCCUGGCUAAUUUUUGGUAUUUUUAGUAGAGAUGGGGUUUCACCAUGUUAGCCAGGAUGGUCUUGAUCUCCUGACCUUGUGAUCCGCCCACCUCGGCCUCCCAAAGUGAUGGGAUUACAGGCGUGAGUCACCAUGCCCGGCCUAUACUAUUCUUUUGAUACCACAUGAUGAAACCAAUAUUUGGACCUUAUUUUGAGGUUGUGUAUCUUUAAGAAAAAGAAAAUAUAAUAUAUACACAGAGUUCCUUAAAAUGACUUUUUUCCCCAAAAUUGUGAGACCAAAUCUAUAGUAAUUGCAGACAACGAAUGAAUCCUGAUCUCUAAAAGGCUCUCUCAGAUGAAAAGGGAGCAAAGGGAAAAAGAGGCCAGCCACUGUUUCUGAUAAAGGAUUUGAGUUUCAUUAUUUUAGUUUUUAUUCUUAUAAAAAAUAUUUGCACUCUGCAGAUUGAUUUUUUUUGUACUGUGGCUUUGUUUUCCUAUUUUAUGAAAAUGAUAAUCAUUUUGUAAAAUUGUGAAAUAUGAACAUUAAUAUAUAAAGAAAAACCUUGAAGUGCUAUAUAGCGAAGUAUAAGUUUUAUCAUUGAUUUGUGAAGAAUUUAAGACUAUUAUAUAAUUGAUCUUGGUGGAUAUAUUUUAUGCAUGACCUUUUAACCUUUGACUUUGCUUACUUCCCACUACAAAGGGAAAGGUAGAUUUUAUGAAAGAUUUUAAUUGUAAAUAUAUUUUAUAAAAUGAAAAUCCAGUGUGGAGGUAGCAGAGCAUCUAUCUGUUCUGAAUCAUGUUUGGAAAUAAAAUUGCUCCAUCUGGGAA